AUUGACCUGUAAAUGUAGAUUGCUGUCGAUUGCAAGCAGUCCCGAUGAUUGCUCUUUCGGUCGAAGUGUGGAAGAGAACUUGGGAGAGUUCAGUCGUGUAAAGGGUUAAUAGGAAGAGAAACGCCGCAGAGCAGAAUCCGGGGGGGGAGGAGCACUUCAACUUCACUUUACUGAACUGAAACUAAAGUGGUGAGACGUACAGUAUAUUGUGUACGGGAACAAACUCUCUCGAACACUUUAUAAAUAUUUCUAAAAAACAAGCUUUUAGGCCUAAUUUGACCCCACAAAUGGAAAGAACAGAGACAGCAUCCACACUCACAUAAACACAGAUAUGGCCACCUCCAGCAGUCUCCUGCCCGAAGAGCAGUUCCUGUGUUCUAUCUGUCUGGAUGUGUUCACAGAGCCCGUCUCUACUUCAUGUGGACACAACUUCUGCAAGGCCUGUAUCACAAAGUACUGGGAUACCAGUGACCUGUGCCAGUGUCCCAUGUGUAAAAAUACAUUUGAUAAGAGACCAGAUCUGUUCGUCAAUACGUUCAUUUCUGAGAUGGCUGUGCAGUUCAGAAAGAGUGUUAGGGAAUCUAACAGCAACCAAGGCCUCCACCCUGACCUACCAGGAGAAGUGUCCUGUGAUGUCUGCACUGGGACAAAGCUCAAGGCCCUGAAGUCCUGUCUGGUGUGUCUGGCCUCUUACUGUGAGACUCACCUGGAGCCUCAUCAGAUAUCCCAAGCCUUAAAGAGGCACAAGCUAAUUGACCCUGUGGAGAAACUGGAAGACACGAUGUGUAAAAAGCAUGACAGACCUCUAGAGCUGUUCUGUAGAAGUGACCAGAUGUCUCUUUGUGUCUUCUGCUUGAAAGCAGACCACAUGACUCAUGACAGUGUCCCUCUAGAGGAAGAGCGUGGAGAGAGGAAGGCUCAGCUUAGGAAGACUGAGGCAGAAGUGCAGAAGAUGAUCCAGGAGAGACUGCAGAAGGUUCAGGAGAUCAAACACUCAGUAGAUCUCAGCAAGAGAGAGUCAGAGCGAGAGAUAUCAGACAGUGAACAGGUCUUCACUGCUCUGGUGUGCUCCAUUGAGAGAAGUCAGGCUGAGCUCAUUGGGGUGAUUGGGGAGAAGCAGAGAGCAGUAGAAAGACAGGCUGAAGGGCUCAUUAAAGAGCUGGAGCAGGAAGUCACUGAGCUAAAGAGGAGAAGCAUUGAGCUGGAGCAGCUCUCACACACUGAGGACCACCUGCACCUCCCCCAGAGCUUUCCAUCCCUUUACACCCCUCCAGACACCAGAGACUGGUCUGAGAUCAGUGUUCACGGUGAUCUGUGUGUGGGGACUGUGAGGAGAGCUGCGUCUCAAGUGGAGGAGACCAUUAUGAGUGAAGUGAAGAAGUUGUGUGACGCUGAGCUGAAGAGGAUUCAGCAGUAUGCAGUGGACGUGACUCUGGACCCUGAUACAGCACAUCCCUACCUCAUCCUGUCUGAGGGUGGAAAACAAGUGAAAACUGGAGACACAAAACAGAAUGUUCCUAACAAUCCAAAAAGGUUUAAUAAUUACAGUGAUGUCCUUGGGAAAGAAAUAUUCUCCUCAUGGAGAUUUUAUUAUGAGGUGACUGUCAAAGGGAAGACUAAGUGGGAUUUAGGAGUGGCCAGAGAGUCCAUCAACAGGAAGAAGAAAAACAUCCCACUGACACCUAAUAAUGGAUACUGGACUGUACGGCUGAGGAAUGGAGAGUACAAGGCUCUAGCUGGCCCUGGUGUUCCCCUCUCCCUGAGAGAGAAGCCCCAUAUAUUGGGGGUGUUUGUGGAUUAUGAAGAGGGUCAGGUCUCCUUUUAUGAUGUGGAGGCCAGGUCUCAUAUCUACUCUUUCACUGGCUGCACCUUCACAGAGAAACUCUAUCCAUACUUCAGCCCCUCUAGUAAUGAUGGUGGUGAAAACUCUGCCCCUCUGAUCAUCUCUCCUGUCAAUCACACAGCCUGAUUAACAAGACUCUGAAAGGUAUUGUUGGAACGGGAACUAUUUUUCAUAACAGAUUGCAUUUCUACAUUUACAAAUCAGUUUAUUUAGUUAAGGUUCAUUACACAUUAUUUGUAUUUUGUCAUUGGAAUCUUAGAAUCAGAAUUGUAUUUGCUCUGUCUUAAGUAUGAAUAAAUGUUCGUAUUCAAAAUGAAAAAGUACCAAAUGUACUCUACACAUUGCUUUGAUUAAACCCAUUUAACGCAAAAGCUGACAUUUGAGAGUGAAAGCUAACUCUUCCUCACAGUCCAAUGUUCUCUCUACUCUCUCUCGCUCUCCUCUAAUCUGUAAGAAGGGUUCGCAAGAAUUGAUGGCAAUGCCUGAAAAAUAAAUGUGUUGCUUUUAAAAUGUUUAAUUAUGAAAAAACAAGCUUUCUUUACUGCUAAUAAAGAUGUUCCUUAAACAUG